AUUAACUGUUACUUUAACUCGUAAUCUGGAACAAAAGACUACUCAUCGGUGCAUUUUCAUUGCGAAUUAUCACCGCAAUUAUCGUUAAAACUGAAAAUAUUUGUGUUUAAAAUCUUCCGAAAGAAGUGCGAAGUUAAAUGAAAGUAUUGUAAUGGCGUCAUCCAGUGGUUCUGGGCCAAGUUCCUCCCGAGGUCGCGCUAGUGGGCCGUCGUCAUCAAACUCGGAAAAGGACGGCAAAGAAAAGAGUGCUAAUCCCAAAAUGUCGAAGGCGCUGAACACUAGUAUGCGUCGAAUUCAAAAGGAAUUGGCUGAAAUAACAUUGGAUCCACCGCCCAACUGCAGUGCUGGGCCUAAAGGAGAUAACUUAUACGAAUGGGUGUCAACGAUCCUCGGGCCUCCCGGAUCUGCUUAUGAAGGCGGGGUAUUUUUUCUCGAUAUCCAUUUCUCCCCGGAAUAUCCAUUUAAACCACCGAAAGUUACUUUCCGCACAAGAAUUUACCACUGUAAUAUCAAUAGUCAAGGUGUGAUUUGUUUGGAUAUAUUGAAGGAUAAUUGGAGUCCCGCACUUACUAUUUCUAAAGUACUUUUGUCAAUAUGUUCCUUGCUGACUGAUAGUAAUCCUGCGGAUCCUUUGGUGGGUAGUAUCGCUACCCAGUAUCUCCAGCAUAGAGAAGAACACGAUCGCAUCGCCCGUCUGUGGACAAAGCGUUACGCCACAUAAGUAACGCUCCCCCACACUUAUUUCCUUUUAAGAAAACUUUCAGUUUGUUACAUUACCUGUGCAUUUGCUGAAAAAUGUCUGCUGUGAGGCUUUCUUUCCCUACUUUCUCUCCUUCCAUUAAGUUAAGUACAUUGUGCUGUCUCACAUUCAAUUUGCGAAAUAGGUUAGAUUGUGCAGAUGUUUAUUUAAAGUGUUAGUAUGUUUACUGUAUGAAUCCUUUACAUGUUAUCAUUGCAUUCAUUUGUUGGUUUAAGUUACUAAAGUCAUAUUAUUCCAUGGUUCAUUAACUGAAAAAAAAUCUUGUGAGUUUGAAUGAUACUGUAAUGUAAGUAUAGCGUAUUUCGUUGUGAUGAUGUUCAAUCAUAUUUUCAUUUUAGUGAUAUUAAUUUGUGAAACAAUUUAUUGCUCAGCUGCUUUGAAAAUACUUAUAAGUCUGAUUUUCCUUUUUUUAAAAAAAAUGUCUUAUGGGGUUAAAUUUCUCGUAGAUAAUUGUAGAAUUUAAACAUUUUUGUCUUCCAUGUUUUGUGAGUAAUCAAAGCAAAUGAACUGCUGCUCCUUUACUGUAUCAUUUUAAGUACAUUCAAUCAUAGUGAAGCUAAACAAUUCUUAUUUAAACUAUUGUGCUGAUAUCUUAUUGUUUAAUGUCUAAACAGUAUUUAACCACCUUGCAGUUUUUGGCGAGAGUUAUCUUCCAUUUGAAAUAACUGCCCAACUGCAGUGCUGGGUGGUUAAUAUUUUCGCAUAAGUGUUCAUGUUCUUCAAAAAAUGUUAAGUGUUCUAAUAACUAUUCAAAUUUAAGAGCAUUGUUAUUUAUUAUGGUAAUAUUCUUUUGCUCAUAAAAAUUUUUCUUAACUGAGAUUUUAAAUUCAAGAAGUAAUUCUCCUUAUAUUAUGAAUUUGCAUUUAAUCAACUAAAAAGUGAGCUUAUGUAGCAGCGACUUGCUAUUCUGCCUAUUUUAUUGUAAUCAGCAUUAAAAAAUUAUUGAGGGUACUUGUUAAUUACCUGUUGCAUAUAACAUUCAGCUUGUUUUCUUUGACCUAUAUAAUGAUAGCUAUUUUUGUUCACUGAAUUGGUUAUUGCUGUUGGUUGCUUAAUCUUCAUUGCAUGGGCGGCUGGUGGGCAAAAAGUGGGGUGUCAUGGUGUGAAGGGUUCGGGGGCAGGGCCAUUAAAGCUUUUUCUUUCUGUAAAAUUGGGUUAUCAAAUUAAAUUUUAUCAUUAAUUACUAAAUGACUUCUAAAAAAAAGUUCCAUUCUUUAUAAAAUAACACAGUAAGCAAAGUCCAUUUAUUAGGCCAAAACCAUUAUUAGGAAUUUUCAGCUUUUAUUGCGUAAAAUAAAUCAAUUCAUCGAGUAAAAAUCAUUUUUCAUUCAAUCUUUAAUUUUUUACUUUGAAAAGUAAAGUAGCAGUUGCUCUCCUUGUACAAGCCGCCUAUGCUUCUUUGUUAUCAAUCUAAAAGUAUUCUUAUAAGUGUUGAUAUAAAAUGCCCCUAUAUUUGACUUUUAAAGUAUAAAUCUUUUGAGUUAACCUAACAUUGAGUUAGAUGGCUUAUGAACUGCAUUUUUUUUUUUUGUAAAAUAAUUUAAGCCCAACUUGUAAGGAUUUUUUUUUUGAAACCUUGUUUUUUUUUUUUUUUUUGGAGUUGGGGGGGGGGGGGAGAGAUAUUCUUAUGGACAAAUGUUUUCCAAGACCUAAAAAGAAUGGUGUUUAAUCUUUUUUCAAAAUUCAUCUUCCUAAAAGAAAUCUUAUGAGGGUAAGUAAUCACUUUAGCUAUAUCAAUCGUACAACCCUUUUUUUUUUAACUCUCAGAAAAUAUUAGCAGCAGUGUUGAAUUCUUGAAAAUCAAUAACUUUUUUUUUGUCAUUUCAUUUAAUACAGUCAAACCUUGUCAGUGCAAAUGUUUAACUUGAAGUACAGUGAAAUCUUGUCACAACAAACUUCUAGAGACCUAUAUUUUUUCAUUGUAAUGAAAUUCAAGCAGUGUAAUGGGAAUUGAAUUGCAGCUAAAGAUUUUUUUUAUUCAUACGGAUAUUUCUUUGUUUAUAUUCCUUAUAACAAAAUACAUGAAACAUUUAUCAUAGUUCCAUGAAUUUUGUGUUAACGAGAUUCGUCUGUAUAAAUGAUAUUUCACUCAUGAGUAAUAAAUACAGUGUAGAAAUUUUUGAAACUAUUUUCUAAAUCUUAGAAGCAGGAGCCAAGUUUCAAGACAAAGAUUGUCUGGACAGACCUCUUGUUUAUUUAUUAUUGUUGGAGGAAUCUUAUAUUCUAUUAUGAAUCUGUUUAUGAUAAGCGAUAUCUCUGCAACUAUAUAGGGCAAAGAUGUGAUUUAUUUUGUAAAUUUCACCGUUUCACUGAAAAUUCAAAAAAUAGAAAGAUUUGAGCUGCAACGUUAGUAUAAUACCUCCGAAUUUCCCCUUUAAAACAAACUUUAAGAAGCUAUAUUUUUUUCUCUCUUUCACCAAGACAUAUUAAACUUAAUAAAUUUCAAAAAUAUUUUUUAAAAUAUAAAACAGUACUCAGUAAACAGAGAUUUUAUCAAGAAAUUUCGGAACUGUAACUUUUCUGUAUUUUACAUCCUGAUUCAAAAAAAAAAAAAAGCAUUAAAUUGCAUCAUGUGGUUGUUAGCAAAUUUUUUAAAUUUUUUACUAAUAAUUUGCUAUAAAUUUCUUUUUUCCGUUAUCAGUCUCAAUGACAUAAAAAUAAAAAGUUUAAUUCAAUUGGCAACGAUGAUUUGCGCAUGUUGCUUUUAUAAAUCGAUAUGCCAAUGGAUGAAAAUAAUAAAUCACAUUUAUGUUGAAAAAUAGCUUUGUGUUUUGCUCAAUUACUAAUAAGGGAGGAAAAAAGUUGUUUUAACUGAAAAAGUUUCAGGUCUUUCAGGAUUAGGGCCUCAUAACCUAGCAUUUGAAUAGUAUUAAAAUGUGAUAACUGUAAUUAUUUUAUAUUUUUUUGUCAGAAUUGAUAAAGUACGAAUUCGGUGAAGUCUGUCUUAAAUCUUUUCAAAAAGUAAUAUUUCCCUAUCGUGAAAAUUAAAUCAGUAAUUUAGCUUUUUUCUUUUUGGUUUAUAGAGAACUUAGCUUAUAUAGUGGUGGCCAUUUCAAAUUAUUAAUUAUAAUUACCAAGGACUGAACAAAUAGCAGUAACUGAUUGCUACAUUUUCAAUGGUUACCGAAGUUUCAAAAUUUGAGAGAUUUUCUUUUUCUCAUCAAAGGGGGAGGGGGAUAUUUGUCCUAUCAUUAAUUGCAAAAUGUUUUUGAGGCAUGCAUCACUGUCAAACAAGUGAAAUGCCUCUAUUGUUUUGUAGUAGUAGGCCCAAACAGUGUGAAAUAAUUUCUUUGCAUACCUGUAGUUGUCCAUUCUGAAUUUAAACUAUCACUUUUAUCUUUUGCAAAAUUGGUAUUUGUUAAAAGUAAUAUAGUCUAGCUCUGAUAAGUUGACUUCUAAACUGCCGAGGCUGAAACAAAUGUUCCAGUUGUUAAAUUGGUGCUGAUGAAAGCUGCUUUGAGUUAUAAUGAUUAUUGACUCUGUGCCAACAUAAGAACUUCUCUGCUGUCAAUCCAAACAUAAAUGAGCUUAUCCAAAGUCAAGCAUCAAGUUACCAGAGCCACACUAUACAACUUAAUUAUUACGUGAACUAAUUCAAUUCCACUUUUACUUUAAAUUUAAAGCAUAAAAUUUUAUUUUGAAAUUGAAAUGGAAUUCAAAUAAGUAAAUAAAGUAUGUUUUGUCUGUAAAAAUUGCAAUAUUAGUGUCGGAAGUUUUCAAAAUAAGAGCUUGGCACCUACAUUUUUUGCCAUGGUCCUAAAUUUUUUCAAAAUUUUAUCAAAUCCUGAUAAUUAUUUUCUGUUCCAAUGACAAAACAUGUUGUACAGCUUACAUUCUAGUUUGCUAUACUUGGUUCCAUCAUAAUUUUUAAAUGGCCAAAUCUAAAAACAAACAAUUCUGAUUAAUUACAUCUUAUAGAAAUGCUCUGCAAAGAAAUAGACCGCAGCUCAUCCAAAAGUAAGAGUUAUUUCCAACUAUGAAUAGAUCAGUGGCUUAAACCAUUUAUCACCCUUUAUUUUUCGGUACAUUUCUGUUUGUUAACAAGUUGUCAUUCUGCACUAAAGCCACUAUAUUAUAGGUGCUGACGCGUCCGACAUUUUGGUUCCAAAAGUUUAUGCAUGAUUACAUUAGUAUGGAUGUGCAAACUGCUUUGACGUCAGGAAAUGGUGUCUGAGCACUUGAUGUGAUUCACAAGAAAGGGAUUUUUUUACCGAUAAAGAAUUUCGGAGGUUUUCCGUACAGAAAAACAAUUAGAAUUGCAAAACCUUUUCUUACACAAAUAUGAACAUUUUGUCUGUCACAUCAUUUUUAAAACAUGUUUAUUUUACUGUCUUUCAUUUAAAAAAUUUUUAAAAACUGCGGUUAAGCGCUAAAUUUUUAUUUGGCACAAGGGAUGUUUAUCAAAACCUUCUUUGAAACCUAAAAGGUUGUAGUUUAUUUACUUCAAAAAAUUAAUACCUUAAUUUAUGAAUUUGGGUCCUAUAUAGGGUUUUUUAAAAAAAUCCCUAUUGACAUUUGAAAAAUCUUAUUUUUGUCGUUAUAUUUACUUUUGCAACGUCACGAAUUUGAGUAAAACAGGAUCUUACUAGAUAAGUCUGUACAUGCACCUGAUUGAUUUUCUGGCAAUUGUGUCGAUGCCAACAUAGAAGAUUAACACCGAAACAUAUAUUCUGUUCCUGUAUUUUAAACCUUAAUGUUAUUAAUGAUUUUGUUCAUGUAAAAAAUACUGAUGGAUAUUAUGCUUUACAUGGGAACUGCAAAUGACAAAGCUAACUGAGAAACUAUUUUACAAUCAGUAAUGUAAAUAAGUACUCGUUAGGCGUAUUUUGUGACCAAAAAUUUUGGUUUGACAGCCAGAUUUCCAGUCCUCUAAGCUUUUCUUUCCUAACUCAUUUUGAUUAAGACCUGUGAUUGGCCCGAAUUAUAAAUUUGAAAGUAAUUUUCAAAUGUAAUCAAUUUUGUCCUUAAAACUCAUUUCCUUUUGUAUAUUUAUAUGUUAUUGACAGUGUUUAGUAAAAAAAAAAACAUUAAGAAAAGCACCUAGGUUCAUUUUGAUGCCAAGAUUUAAAUUAUUAUUUCUGACACUGGUUUAAAUGAUUAGAAAUUCUGCUCACCCCAACUGUUAAUUCUCUGUCAUUAUACAUUUUAGUGCUUUAUUCCUCACUUUUGAAACAACUGCAGUUUUUUUAUACCUAACUUCCUUAAUCUGUCCUUCAAAUAAUUUAGCAUUAUUCUUUUGACCUCACCCCCUCCCUUUCUAAACUUUCUAUGAUAACAUUCGUAGUGCUGUAAUCAAAUGCACUGUUGAAAUGAAUUAAAUAAUGUGAUCAUAUAUUUCAUCUGCAAUCAUAGUAAUUAGUUGUGUCAAUCUGCAUCUAUGGAUAGUAUGCUGAUCAUAGCCUGAAAGGGUAUUUAUUUGAUGUAUGUACUCAUUAUAACAUCAGUUGCAUUCAAUGCUCAAAAAUUCCCUUCUAUCUCUUUCUGAAAUUCUCUUGCCAUUAUUUAAGAAAUUUGUGUUUGUGUACGUUGGUGCAUAAUAUUCAUUAUCUAAUUUAUUGAAUUGUGAUUGAACUGAUUGCGUGAAGAUACUACUAAACAAUGAACUGAAAUUAAUUUUCUAAGACAUUUCCUUUCUUUAAUGAUGUCUCGAUAUCAAGCAGUUUACAGGUUCAGUAGUUAUUAGCUUUUCUAAUUUUGUAAGGAAAGUAACUGAUAUAUUAAAAAUUCAAAUACUUUUAUGUAUUAUGUAUAAAACCAUGAAUUCUUUGUUUUGAGAAAAGGUGAACAAUGACAUUUUAAAAAGAAAUAGAUCACUUAACAAUUUGAUGGACAGUCUGCAUCUUAAGCAACUUCCACCAUUUUUUAAGUUUAAUUUUACACUUGCUGCUAAUAGGAUGUGUUUUGUUUGCUUCUUUGCGUCAACAGAAUUUUACAGAAUCAUAUGUACUGCUUCUUCUGUAUUUUUCUUUGAAAUGCAUUGCUCUAUGGUUUAAAAAUAAAACUUUUCUAACAUCU